UUGAGAACAAUUGGCAAGAAAUUCCUCCCCAGUGACAUCAAUGGUGGAAAGGUAGAAAAGCUUGAAGGUCCAUGUGUUUUGCAAAUUCAGAAAAUUCGCAAUGUUGCUGCACCAAAGGAUAAUGAAGAAUCUCAGGCUGCACCAAGAAUGCUGCGUUUGCAGAUGACUGAUGGUCAUGUAACUUGCACAGCAAUAGAAUUUAGUCACAUGUCAAAAAUAAGCCUAAAUACACCACCUGGAACUAAAGUGAAGCUUUCAGGUGUUGUAGACAUAAAAAAUGGAUUCCUGCUCUUGAAUGAUUCUAAUACCACAGUUCUUGGCGGUGAAGUGGAACACCUUAUUGAGAAAUGGGAGUUACAGAGAAGCUUGUCAAAACACAAUAGAAGCAAUAUUGGAACCGAAGGUGGGCCACCUCCUUUUGUGCCUUUUGGACAGAAGUGUGUGUCUCAUGUCCAAGUGGAUAGCAGAGAACUUGAUCGAAGAAAGACAUUGCAAGUUACAAUGCCUGUCAAACCUACAAAUGAUAAUGAUGAAUUUGAAAAGCAAAGGACUGCUGCUAUUGCAGAAGUUGCAAAGAGCAAAGAAACCAAGACAUUUGGAGGAGGUGGUGGUGGUGCUAGAAGUAAUCUCAACAUGAGUGCUGCUGGUAACCGAAAUAGGGAAAUUUUACAGAAAGAAAAGUCAACCAAAUCAGAGGGAAAACAUGAAGGUGUCUAUAGAGAACUGGUUGACGAGAAGGCUCUGAAGCACAUAACAGAAAUGGGUUUUAGUAAAGAAGCUUCAAGGCAAGCUCUGAUGGAUAAUGACAACAACUUGGAAGCAGCACUGAAUGUACUUCUUAACAGCAAUAAACAGAAGCCUGUUACAGGUCCACCUCUGAGAGGUAAAGGAAAAGGCAGAGGGCGAAUAAGAUCAGAAGAUGAAGAGGAACUGGGAAAUGCAAGGCCGUCAGCACCAAGCACAUUGUUUGAUUUCCUGGAGUCUAAAAUGGGGACUUUGAGUGUGGAAGAACCUAAAUCACAGCCGCAGCAGCUUCAUCAAGGGCAACACAGGUUGUCAAAUACUGAGCAAAAUGGAGUAAAAGAUAAUAAUCAACCCAGAUACCUUCCUCGGAAUGAUACAAGACAGCCAAGAAAUGAAAAACCUCCUCGCUUUCAAAGAGACACCCAGAAUUCAAAGGCAAUUUUAGAAGGCAGUGGAUUACCUAGAAAUCGAGGUUCUGAAAGACCAAGUACUUCUUCAGGAUCUGAAGUAUGGGCUGAAGAGAGAAUCAAAUGUGAUAGACCAUAUUCUAGAUAUGAGAGAACUAAAGAUACUUCAUACCCUUUAAGUUCCCAGCACAAUGAUGCUGCGUUUAAAAGAAGGGAUAACUCUAUGCAAAGCCGAUCAGGAAAAGGUCCAUCCUACACGGAGGCAAAAGAAAAUCCACUUCCUCAAGAAUCCAUAGAUUAUAAUAAUCAAAAACGUGGGAAAAGAGAAAACCAAACAGCAAAUCCCGAUCAUUUUUAUGACAGGAAACCACGAACAAUAAAUAAUGAAGCUUUUAGUGCUGUAAAAAUUGAAAAACAUUUUAAUGUAAAUACUGAUUACCAGAAUCCUGUCCGAACAAAUAAUUUCAUUGGUGUUCCGAAUGGAGAGACAGAAACACCACUGAAGGGAAGGCGAGUAGGACCUAUUAAACCAGCAGGACCCAUCACAGCUACACCCUAUGAUGAUAAAAUAUUUUAUAAUAGUGGGCCCAAAAGAAGAUCUGGGCCAAUUAAACCAGAAAAAGUACUAGAAUCAUCCAUUCCGAUGGAGUAUGCAAAACUGUGGAAACCUGGAGAUGAAUGUUUUGCACUUUAUUGGGAAGACAACAAGUUUUACCGAGCAGAAGUUGAAGCUCUUCAUUCUUCGGGUAUGACAGCAGUUGUUAAAUUCGUUGAUUAUGGAAACUAUGAAGAGGUGCUACUGAGCAACAUCAGGCCCCUUCAGACAGAGGCGUGGGAAGAAGCAGGAGAAUGUUACUAAACCUUUUGGAGAUUUUGGGAUUUCUUUUCGCCUAUUUGCAAAUAAUCAAAGGAUUGUUGAUGUUUUAUGAUUUUACAUAAAUUAAUAUAAAAAUAUUUUUGGAUUAUGAACACUGUUAUUGAGGAUAAAAGAUCAUCCUAUCUUCUUUAUCUGCAUAAAUAAUUGACUUAGUUGUAGAAGCAGUUCCUUCUUGAUACAUAAAAGCCACUGGCUUAACGUAUCUUCACCCUUCUCCAUUUUUAAAAACAAUGUACGUGUAAAAAGCCUCUGAAGGAAAACAGUCUAUGUGACUCUCAGUACAUUUAGGGUAGAAUUAGUGUAGAGUUUUCUUAGCCUCUGAGAGUACUGAUGUUGGGGGUCUGUGAGCACUUUUUCUUUUUGUAACUGGGGAAUUGUAACAAGUUUUAAGUUAAUUAAAGUAAAACAUUUGCUAUACUAAUAAGGUAACUCUAACUGAUAAAUCGUACUGGAAAAAUUAAAGAGCUGCAAAGAUAUAGCGAGGUUGUUAGAAGCCUGAGCACAAUUAUUCACUCACACUAUGGAUUGUGUAUUUUUAAUUUUUUAAACUCUUGGGCUACAUAUGUACAUUACUAUUUUAAUUGUGAAGUGAUAUUUUAUACUUUAUUAAGGUUUAUGUUUGUUAUUGGCACAAGAUUUUGGAAAACCGCUUGUUUUCCUAAAUGUAGCAAUGAUCACAAAUAGAAUUUUUUUUUAAAUAAUUUGCAGGAAGAAUAACCAAAAAGCCUGCAUAUGAACCAAAACCUUUACAGAAAUCAAUUUCCUAUAUUAUCUCUUACAGGUGUAAGGAUAAAUUAUUAAAUAAAAAGCAUGAAAAUAUUGAGGGACCCAAUGAGUAAGUUAAUAGUGUCUAAUAAGGAAAAUUAAAAUAAAAAUCAAGUUAGUAGUUUAAAUCUAAGUGUUAAUAUUUUUCUCAUAAAGUUUAAGAAUUACUUGCCUAAAUCUGUCUGUAGACAAAUUUCUAUUUUCCCCUUCUCUCUGGAUAAACCUUUUUACUUCCAGAACAUACUACUCAGUGAUGAUCUUUUAGAUGAUGAAAUUUUAUGUUCUUAUUAAGACUAGAUACUUUAUUUUCUCCAAAAUUAUCUACAAACUUUUUGUUAUGUCAUCUUUGAUUUUUUUUUUGUUCUAGUUAGAUUUAACCUGGUUCUUUUAACUAUGGUAAAAUAUUCUGUCUUGAUUUUAGUGUCUUUAUUAGAGUGAACUCUAAUUAUCACACAUAAUGUGAGAUUCACAGCUCAUUCUUAACUGAAUAAAUGCUCCAGUUUUCUCCUUUGUAUAUGCAGGAUUUUCCUUAUUUUACCAAAGUAGGUGAAGCCCUAUGGGAUCUCAUAUUAUUUGCAAAACUAUGUAAGGAGAAAACCAUAAUAUGAUUUUAUGUUUCUGACCACUGUGUGGGAGAACAUUAGGGGCAAAGGAAACCUGCUCUUUGUGUUCCCUGCAGGCCGUUUCCAUAUUGGCUCCUUUUAACUCUAAAACAGUACCCAAAACCAGUAAAAAGAUGCCACAGGCAAUUUGGAAUUACUGUAAAAUACCCUGGCACUGCUGCUCUGACAAAUCUGUUGUGUUUUUAGAGUGCUGUUCUUCUGAAUUACUUUUCUAAACCUGGAAAGAUAGCGUCAGUCCUGAUUUUCCGAUAAUAUUUAUGACUUGUAUUCUACUGAGACUUUUAUAUCCCAAGAAAUGUUUUAGAACAUGCUGGCUUCUAAGCUUUCUUUUUAAAAUUUCAUAGUAUUUGCUUUUUCAGUAUCAGGAAGUUAUCUUUGUUCGGCUGUUGUUCCAACUAGAAAAACUGGGAUUAUGUAGGUAAUGAUUAGUUCUAAGACCGUAGCAUAUGCAGCAUAUUGGGCGGUAAUUGUGGAAAGUGACUGAUGGAUUACUGUUGCCUUUCAGAUGAUUGUUUUAUCUUAAACCUUUUUCUGUAGCAUAACCAUUUAUUCAGCAGAUAUUCAUUGCACAUCUGUUAGCUGCUAGGCAAUAUUCUAGGUGAGAGGUAUAUAUAGGUAGGCAAAGUACACAAAAGUCCUGCCCACUGCACAAAGUUAGAAAGACAUAGUUAUGUGAAACAAACUUAAGUAUCUCAUGAGUCUGGAUUCUUAACUCUUGAAGCUUUAAAAUAUAAGUGGAAAAAUGUCUUGUUUACUGAAGUUUUAAUUUAAAUAAUAUUUAGGCCUUUAUUUCACCUUAUUUGAAGAUAAAAUUAUUGUGGAAGAAGAAAGUGUGAUUUAAUGAAUUUUAUCUAUUUAAAGUUUCUUACCUAUUUUAUCUACUUAAAAAAUAAAAACUUUUUAAGUGGAUUUGGGCUUCUUUUUAAAAUAAUUAUAACAUAUAUUUUUCAGUUUUAGCAUACUUUAAAAAAAGAACUAUCAAUGUCAAGUUUUACUUUUGAAGUAACUUUGUGCAAAAUUUAGUUUAUAAUGACAUCCUGGGAAGAACUUUUGAAAGUUACCUUUUUAAAUUCAAAUAAUGUUCAUAAAAAGCCAUAAGUUACUUUACUACUAAUAAACGUAUUAAAGAGAAUCAUAACCACCCCAAAAAAACAACCCCUAGCCUAUUUAAUAAGGAAGGAGACUGAGAUUUGUAGUAUGUAAAUUAAUGAGUUUAAAUGAAUCUUAAAUGUAUUAGAACAAGGUCAUGUUAGUAAUUUUAAUGACAUAGUGAUAAAGUUAGGCUAUAUCUCGUUUGUAUUUGAUAGGAAAAAAUCAUAAUAGAUAUUAAAAAGAGGAUGAUUGUUAGAGAAACCAUUUAACUUCAAAGGGAAUUUAGAAUUAUGUAACAGUGAGGUUCUGCCAAUUAGUAUCUAGUAAAACGUACAGGCACUAUUUGAUCAUAGUCCAGAAGGUUUUUCACUUUUUGCUGAUAAAUUCUUAAAUAAGUUAAUGAGUAUAAUUUAUCAUACUUAAAUUUCUGCACUGAAAGGGUAAUCUGGGUGAGGUCAGUGCAAUACUGAAAUGCAUUUUCUCCCACUUACGCGCAUUUGGGGCACUUUCCUUUGGGGACUGUCAUAGAGGCUGUGCUCACUUUCUUUGCAAUGUAAACAGGGAGUAAAUGAGAAGGAAACUACAGCUAGUUUAGCCCCGUUUAAGGACAUAAAUUUGAAGUCAUGGGAGAUGGAAUUAGGGGGAUUCCAUGCAAUAUCUUUAAGUUUUGUUUUAAUAAAGUUUGGUUGUAUUGAGGUGGUUUAUUUAUUUCUUAAUACAUCACCCAGUUUUUCACAAUCCCAUAGGAGGUUGUGGAUUAUACAAAAGGACUUUACUGGAGGUAUGAAAGCUGCUGACAUAGAGGGAGAAAUGAUUCAUUCAUAAAUGCAUGCCAUAUACAUAGAUAUACCAACUUAAAUACUGUUGGCAUCUAUCCCCAAAUCCCAAAUUCAGUUUGUGAUAGCUAAACCUAAGAGAUUAUUAUGAAAAUCUUGAGAUCUAGUUUUGACCUGGCUUCAUUAUUCAAUAGAGACAUUUUAUUUCACCAUUUAAAUUAAUACCAAGAGAAUAGUACGCUAUUUUAAGAACCUUAAGUAUAGAAGUUUUGCUUGAAUUUUGCUAUCUGAUGAUUUAAUGUAUUAUAAUCUAUUCAGAAGAACUGUAUAUAAAAACAUCUUUGAAAGGUUUCUGGGUAAUCUGAGUUUUCCUUUACUGAGCAAUGAAAGUACAUCAUAUUAUUGUUUCAUGUUCCUUUUCACUGAAGGUAAAAUAACUCCCGAAGUGAAGUAACAUGGUAGGGUGUUCCCUAAGCUGUGCUGUCUUUCUGAUUUGUUUCUAACUUUAAUUACAGUUCAUAAAACAGUUUAAGCCUUAUAUUAUUUAAAUAUUAAGUAUUAACUUGACAUAACUGUUUGAAAAACUACAAUGUUCCUUUUAUAAACGUGAAUAAUACCAGUAGGUAUUAUGUUAGUCUUUUACCCUCUAAAUCUCCUCUUUAUUAGUAGCAACUUAAAGUAUGGACUCCUGAAUUAUGGUGCUGGUUAAUUAAGAAGUAAAUUCAAGGUGCUUUAGAUUUAUGCUGAAUAUUGUAUAAUUUUGAUUUUUUCUUCAAAGUAGUCUUAAGGAGGCAUCAUGGGUGUGACCUACAGCUGAAGGGGGUUGGGAUUGUCAGGUGAACUUAUUUUUUCCUUUGAUAUUUUUGAUUCAGUAGACCCGAGGUUUGUUCUCUUUGAAGUGUAAAUUUUAUUUUUUCAUUUACUUCACUUAUUGGGACUUUUGAAACUAAUUCAAACUGCACUGAAUUUUACCAUUCCUUUGCAUAUAUAUGCAGAAGACUUGGAAAUAUACUCAUUGCACAGGAAAUAAAGUAGUAAAAUAAACGAACCUGAGGAAUAUUUAUGUUUUGUUUUAUUUCUUGUUUCCAAAGAUGUUAAUCUGAUGUUGGGCAUGUGUCUUGACUAGGCAUUCAUGUCAGUAUAUUUUAAAGAAUUUUAUAAAACUGUAGAUUCAUCCUUCUUGAAUUAAAAAAAAAAUCAGUGCACACAGUUCUGUUUUAGUUUCUAGUGAACUUCUGAGCCUUUUCCAUCUGUACCUAUAACAGCAGAAAAAUAUGUGCCACCACCAUAGACUUCAUUCCCUUUCAGAUGGAGCUCUUGCAAUGCAUCUUUCUACUUCUGAGGUCGGUGGUUGUGAACCUUGAUGGUGAUGGACUAACAGGGGGCUUACGGUACAUACUUGAUUCACACCAUAGUGACUUGUCAUGUCCACUUUCUUUUUUAAUCUUACAUGACCAUUUGUGUGUCUCUACUUAAUACUGUUUUUCUGUAUUCUUGCUUUUGUUACUUUAUUAGUCAUCUCUUUUUGUUCUAUUUCUUAAACAUCAUUGUAUCCUUUUGACUUUGUCUUUUAAACUUUAUGUUCUUUUUACCUUAAUGGGUGGUAUCUCUUGAUGCAUAUGGACCACCCUUCCUACUGAUCCUGAUUUCCUGAACUUUACUGGACCUAUGCUAUUUAUUCCAGAAUCAUGUGCAGUAGGCUUCACUAUCACAACUCUAGGAAAAGAGUGGAGUUAAUCUGUCUCCUUGUGAGAAGCACUCUGGUGUUAGUGCCAUUAAAUUUGGGAACUACUGGCCAGAGUUUUAUACCUUAGCUUGAAAUAACUCCCUUAGUGGCUUGUCAUUGACUGUGAGCUCCAUUUGGAAGGGAAAGGAAGUAUUGCAACA